CACAUGAGUCACAUGACUCAGUCAAAUGCCUAUAUUUAGAGAAAGACUCCACUGAUUGGUUGUUGGGAAUACGGGUAGCCAAUUACAAUCAAUCUCUGCCCUCCUGCGUGUCACAUCCGAUUAGUAGUGACGGUAACAGACACAAAAGUAGGACAAUUUAUACUUGCAUUUAUGUUUUAAUACAUCGAGACAUAUUUAAAUGCGAAAUAAACCAGGACUUGUAUUUGAACACUUGGUAUUUUUGUGCCCAGAAGACUUGAAGAGGUUUAAGAGUGAAAUGGGGAACUGGUUCAGCUGAAGUGACGCAGAACUGGACGAGGAACAAAAACACAGUAAGAGCGACAUGAAGAAGAGAUCAGUAUAGUGACGGAGUGACAGCAUGAACCUAAUCUGCGUCGCGUUUUUCUCUACAUUCUUCUUCCAAAUCAUCAUUUCCUUUGCUGUCGUUUCAGAAGGACACAAAAUAAACGACUGUCCCAUAAUAGGUGUUCUAGCUCAGGAAGUGUACUCUCCUACACCCGGGAAAAACGCCUACAUUGCGGCUUCCUAUGUCAAAUACUUGGAGUCUGCGGGCGCACGAGUCGUCCCUGUGAUGAUUAAUAAGACUGAAGAGGAAUACACCAUAUUCUUCAAAUCUAUAAAUGGAAUCCUCUUUCCUGGUGGUGGUGCCAGCAUUUUUUCAUCCGGUUAUGCCAAAGCAGCGGGUAUAUUCUACAAACUUGCACUGGAGGCUAACUCAAAAGGAGAUUAUUUUCCUGUGUGGGGAACAUGCUUGGGCUUUGAGCAGCUCACCCUGCUGACUAGUGGAAAGUCCCUGCUGUCCCAAACUAACACCAGUGGUGUUGCUCUCCCACUCAAUUUCACCAAAGAAUCAAAGGACAGCCGAAUGUUCAAGGACUUCCCAGAGGACCUGAUGGCAUCACUGGCAAAUGAACCACUCACAGAGAACUCUCAUCAGUGGAGUAUCUCUACUAAGAGAUUCACUGGAAAUGAGAAGCUGAAAAAGUUUUACCGAAUUCUGAGUACAAACACAGAUGGACAAACGGAGUUUGUGUCCACAGUGGAAGCAUAUGAUUUCCCAAUUUAUGGAACCCAGUGGCACCCAGAGAAAAAUGCAUUUGAGUGGACUCGCGGAUACAUCCCCCACUCAACCGCUGCUGUCAGAACCACUUUCUAUUUGGCCCACUUUUUUGUCAAUGAAGCUAGGAAAAAUCUUCAUACAUUUCCCAGCCAAAAAGACGAGCAGAAUGCAUUAAUCUAUAACUACCAACCCACCUACACUGGAAAGAAGUCUUCAUUUGAACAAAAGUAUUAUUUUGAUUAGGUGUUCUUACUUAAUCUGUUUUAAUUGUGCAAAUCUUCAGAAGCAUGUACACUGUGUUGUGCACAGAGCAUCUUGAACGUUGCAAUAAAAAGUUGCCAUACUGGU